AUGCUUGCUGGCGGCAUUGGUGGCACAAGCGGCGACAUUCUUAUGCACUCCCUGGAUACUGUUAAGACCAGACAACAAGGCGACCCUCACUGGCCACCAAAAUACCGCAGUCUGGGCGAUGCAUAUCUCAAGAUUUUCCGGCAGGAGGGCGUUAGGAGAGGACUGUAUGGAGGCUUUACGGCGGCCAUGUUGGGAUCAUUUCCAGGCACUGUCGUUUUCUUCGGAUGCUACGAGUCCUGCAAAAGAGCUAUGCUCGACCGUGGUAUUAGUCCGUCGUUCACGUAUUUGGCAUCUGGCUUUCUUGCCGACUUCGUAGCCUCCGUCAUCUACGUUCCUUCUGAAGUCCUCAAGACACGCCUCCAACUCCAGGGAAGGUACAAGAACCCAUAUUUCAUUUCUGGUUAUAACUAUAGAUCCACCUGGGACGCGGCGAGGACGAUAGCACGAGUGGAAGGAGUGCCAGCCUUAUAUUCUGGUUACAAAGCUACCAUUAUCCGAGAUUUGCCCUUCUCUGCCUUUCAAUUCGCGUUGUACGAGCAGUUUAGAAGAGUUGCGGUGCAGUCUACUGGUUCGCAUGACCUGGGGUUUGGCUGGGAGGUCACUACUGCAGUUUCUGCAGGUGGUAUUGCAGGAGCAGUCACCUGUCCUCUGGACGUGGUAAAGACAAGAAUUCAGACGCAGAUAACGCCGGACAGCCACGAGCAGUCGAGUCAGCCCGCAAAGCUCGAAAAGGUUGUCAGCGUGGUAAAAGAACAAAAACGCCAUAUACAUUCCGGACCCCGGACUGUACCAACAACUGUACCAACACUCGAUACAUCCUCAAUAUUGACAGGGCUCAAGAUGAUUUACAAAACGGAAGGGGUUGGUGGUUGGUUUCGAGGUGUUGGACCUCGAACCGUCUGGACGAGUGUACAAAGUGGGACGAUGCUUGUCAUGUACCAAUAUUUGUUGAAGCAGUUUGAGCGGAUGUCUGAAAAGAAAGAAUCUCCCAGCGUUAUAUGA